ACCCCUUACCCCACGACUGUGAGACAUACCCCGGCUAUGGACAGGGAGGAGCUGUGAGGGACAGACGCUGGGAGAGGGAAAGAGGGAGAGAAGGAGAGAGAGACUGCAAGAGCCAGAGGAUAGAGAGAAGGAAAGAGAGGGGCAGGUUUCAGGGUUGGAGAGUUUGGCCUUUUUGCCCAGUAGAGCCACUCAGGAGUCCAGUUCUUAGUGGAGGAGCCUCAGAUCUUUCAGUCAUCAGGGGUCUGUUCGUACUGAGUGCAGGUACUGAGGAUGGCGGUGCGGAUGUUGAUGGUGUGUGUGCUGGGCGCUGUGCUUUGUCAGGUGUGGAGCUCUGCAGAACCGCAUCAGAAAGAGGAAGAGGCCCUUUACCCAUGGAGAAACCAAGGCAAGGGAUUGGUCAGGGUGAAGAGGGACUGGAUCAUCCCUCCAAUCAGAGUGGCGGAGAAUAGCAAGCAGGUUCCCGAAGACCUUGUCCAGAUCAAAUCGGACAAAAUCUUUACAGGUGAAGUGAUCUACAAGUUGGAGGGGCCGGGGGUGGACCAGGAGCCCAAGAAUCUGUUUGAGAUCGAUGAUAAAACGGGAAUAAUCAGAAGCAAGCGACCGCUGGACAGAGAGAGAUACAACAGCUUCACGCUGAAAGCCUUUGCAUUGUCCCCCAGUGGACAGAGACUAGAGAAUCCAACCACUAUAGAGAUAAUGGUGCUGGAUCAGAACGACAACAGACCCGCCUUCACCCAGAGAGAGUUUAUUGGCACCGUCUCUGAGUUCUCAGUCCCAGGCACCUCAGUGAUGUCAGUGUCGGCCACUGACGCAGAUGACCCGAUGACAGAAAACGCAGCUCUGAGCUUCUCUAUCAUUGGCCAGGAGAGCAUUCCUGCCAACGCUGUUACCAAGACGAUGUUUGGUAUCAACAACGAGACAGGAGCCAUCUACACGAGAGAUGUAGGCCUGGACCGAGAGGUGGUGCAAAGUUUCCGAUUAAAACUGCAGGUUGCUGAUAUGGGGGGCAUGGGACUAACUCGUGAAGGUGUAGCAAUCAUACAUAUAUCUGAUAUCAACAACCACGCCCCACAGUUUAGCCCUGCCUCGUACAGUAUGACAGCAGUGGAGAACAGGAAGGACUAUGACAUUGGCCGGGUGAAUGUGACAGACAGAGAUGAUCGUGGAACGGGAAACUGGGAGGCCAAGUACUUCAUUUCCAACGACCCUGAAGGCAACUUCGCCAUCAGAACAGAUCCUGCCACCAACGAGGGCGUUCUGACCGUGGUGAAGCCUCUGGAUUAUGAAGGCCAGAAUGAGUACGUCCUGAUCCUGACGGUGGAAAAUGUCAAUCGUCUGAGCAACAAGGCUCCAAACCUCCCGGUGAGCACCGCUACGGUGGUGGUGACUGUCGCCAACGAGAACGAAUCUCCACGUUUCAGGGAGGACCCCAUACAGAUUGUGGUUCUCGAGUCUGUGGUUCCUGGGACUUUACUGAAAAGCGAUAUCGCCUUUGACCCUGACCUCUCUGACCUGAGUUAUGAGAUCAGCAGAGAUCCCGAGAGGUGGCUGGACAUCAACAGAGAAACAGGAGACAUUACUGCCAGGAGAACGUUUAACAUGCGAUCUCCAAAUGUUAAAAACAAUAUCUACAAUGCUGUUGUCAAGGUUACAGAUGCUGGCGGUGUGUCGACCACCGCCACAGUGGCCAUCACACUGAAGGAGACCAAUGACUUCCCCCCUCAGCUCUUCCCUCUGAGCGGCACUGUCUGUAGGGACGCAGGCCGCAGGAGGUCUGGUCUGGUUGUGACCGCUGUGGAUGAAGACCUCCCUCCGCACGCUGCACCCUUUGCCUUUGGGAUACCCGAUGAUCUGUCAAUCAACUGGACUUUUAUUCAAGUCAACGAUACUCACGCUGUGCUCCAGCCCCUCGUAGAGCUGGAGGCCGGAGAGUACGCUGUCACAGCGUUUGUGUCAGAUUCCGGCAGCCCAGUUCUGAGCGCUUACGCUCAGGUCAACGUCACCGUGUGUCUCUGUGACUCCUUUGGAGAUUGUAAGUCUGAGGCGGGGGCCGUCCUCGGCUCCAGCGUGGGAAUCAGCUUCAUCGCUCUCAUCAUCAUCAUGGUCAGCAUCGCACUCCUACUCUUGCUGCUCCUCUUGGCUGUGGCGGUGACCACCUGCACGAGACGCCACCAUAUCAAGAAAGGAACAGGUCUGCUUGUCGGGGAAUCGGAAGACGAUAUCCGCGACAAUGUCUUCAACUAUGAUGAGCAAGGCGGCGGUGAGGAGGACGAGAAUGCCUUUAACAUCGACCUGCUGUGGAACCCCCUUGAUGCACCUUCAACCCCGGGGUCCUACUACCCCGGGUCUGCUGUUCCUCGAGGCAAGCAGCCCCUCAGGAAGGACACCCCUCAUAGCCUGCCCUCACCUAUCUACCCACGCAGGCCUCCAGCGGAUCCCACUGACAUCGAAGACUACAUCAAUGAUGGCCUGGAGGCUGCAGACAACGAUCCCAACGUGCCUCCAUACGACACGGCCCUGAUCUAUGACUACGAGGGAGAGGGCUCACUGGCAGGCAGCCUCAGCUCCAUCGCUUCAGGCAGCUCUGACGGAGACCAGGACUAUGACUACCUCAACGACUGGGGACCACGCUUUCAGAAACUGGCCAACAUGUACGACCCACGUUAAGGUGGACAGGACCCAUGUGCUUCACCACCGGUUAGGGACACAGAUCAUGCCUCAGGUGAUUUUUUUCUGGACACAUUUGAAAAGAUUUUAGUCCAGUGUGCCAAGGGAAAAUAAAUGCAAAACCACGAGCCUUUAAUCUAAUGUGCAUUAGGUUUUAUUGAGGAUCAUUUGGACACAACUGACAAAAUGGGCUCGUUGCAAAGUGUUGUGGUUAGCUCGGGAAAAGUAAAUGAGACAGUUAAAGGGUGAUCGGCCCCGAGGAAAGGAGCUGUGCAUGCUACAAGGCAAACAGAACGUGUGUUGAAAUGAUUGUUCAUGUCUGGUGUUGUUUAUCCUCAGACUUGGAUUGCUCAGUAAUGAUGCGCACAACAACAACAAAAAAAUCUUUAUGUAUUUCUUUUUUUAUAUAAGUGAUUAUUUUAUAAGAUGAAUUUGCUUUGAUAUUGAUUUUGUUUGUUUUUUCUUUUUGAUCACAAAUCCUCCAUUCCAGCAUCUGUUGAUCUUUUUGGGGAAAAAAAAAAAAAACUCAUCAAAACAAACUGUACACUAUAUUCUGUUAUCAAAUUGUUUGGAGGUGAAGACUUUGAAUUAUGUCUUUUUUUUUUUUUUUUAAUAUGAUCAUUGAAUUUAGAGUUUACCGGUGUCUACAGAAUAAAUGUAAAUCUUUUAUUUAGUGUGUGUUUUGUGACCCUCUUCACAGGCUGCACUAGGUUUACUCACAAUUCAUACACAUAUAAACAAUGCAUUCAGAAAGCAUUCGGACCCCUUCACUCACUUUUUUUCCACAUUUUGUUACGUUCAAUAGUUUUAACACAUUUCCUUCAUCAAUCUGACAAAGCAAAAAAAAGGGAUUUUAGACAUUUUCGCAAAUGUUUCAAACAAGAAAAAACUGAAAUAUCACACAGACAGAAGUAUUCAGACCCUUGCUAAUGCACUUGACAUGUAUCUCAGGUGCCUCCCGUUGCUUUUGAUCUUGUUUGAGAUGUUCCUACAGCUUGAUUGGAGUCCACCUGUGGUGAAUUCAACUGAUUGGACGUGAUUCGGGAAGACACACACCUGUCUAUAUAAGGUCUCACAACACAGUGAACUGCUUGCAGCUCAGAGACAGGAUUGUGUCGAGGCACAGAUCUGGAGAAGGAUUCAAAAUAUUAUGUUGAAUUGAAGGUCUUUAAGAACACAGUGGCCUCCAUAUUCCUUAAACGGAAGAAGUUUGUAACAACCAGGACUCUUCCCAGAAUCUGAGCAAUUGGGGAAGAAAGGCUUUCAUGGUAAAGAGAGGUGAACAGGAACGUGAUGUUCACUCUGGCCAGAAAGAAGACUCUCCUCAGUGAAAGACGCAUGAAAGCCUGCAAAGAAAUCACCUGAAGGACUCUCAGACUGUGAGAAACAAGAUUCUCUGAUCUGAUGAAACCAAGAUUAAAGUUUGGCCUCAAUUCUAAGCGUCAUCUCUGGAGGAAACACCGCUCAUCACCUUCACAAUACCUUCCCAGCGGUGAAGCGUGGUGGUGGCAGCAUCAUGCUGUGGGGGUGUUUUUCAGUGGUGGGGACUCAAAGCUGAUGGGAAGCUGAACAGAGCAAAAUACAAAAAUCUCCUUAAUGAAAACCUGGUCUGGAGUGUUCAUGAACUGAGACUCGACGACAGUGACACUAAGCACACAGCCACGACAACGCAGGACUGGCUUACAGACAGAGGAGACUGAAAAAUGGCUGUCCACCAACACCCACCAUCUGAUCUGCAGAGAAGAAUAGCAGAAAAUCCCCACAUCCAGGAGUGCAAAGCUGGUUGUGUCAUAUCCAAGAAGACUCGAGGCUGUCAUCGCUGCCAAAUGUGCUUCAAUUAAGUACUGAGUAAAGGCUCCGAAUACCUGUGUCAAUGUGACAUUUCAUCUUUUUUUUUCCUUUUAAUAAAUUUGCAAUUCUAAAA